CAAAGCCAAAGGCUUUCUCCGGCCGCCGUUAAACUAACCCGCGAGCAAAGGUGAGCUCCGGCUCCGACCGACCAAGCCAAAACCGACCGAGAGGCUGCUCCGACCCACCCGCAGCCGUCGAGAGAGAAAGACGAAACCCUAGGGGGCAGCGAGCCAGCCAUCGGCGCACAGGGAAGAAGGGAAGGCGAUGGAGUACCCGGCGGCGGCCGCCGGAUCGGGGGGCUACAAGUACUACUACCCGCCGCAGCCGCAGCCGGUCCGCCGCCCGCCGCGCCCCGCCGCGCGCUGGGUCAAGCAAUGGAUCCCGCUGGAUCUCGCGUCCUCAGGCGGAAAAUGCUCACUCUUCAAGUGGGUCAGAGAGGAUGGGCACAGAAGCUCCAAGGAAAACCCCAAAGUGCUAGAGGCAGAGGCGCCCAAGCCUGAACCCACCACAGAGAUCCUUUUCCUCUGCAGCUACGAGAACUGCGGCAAGACCUUUGUUGAUGUCAGCGCACUCCGCAAGCACGCUCACGUGCACAAUGAGAAGCAGUAUAUCUGCAAUGAGCCCAACUGUGGGAAGAAAUUUGUCGAUAGUUCCAAGCUGAAGAGACACUAUCUUACACACACAGGACAAAAAGAUUUUGUCUGUCCGCAUCCAGGCUGUGGUAAGGCCUUCUCGUUGGAUUUUAACUUGCGGUCACACCUCAAAACACAUGCAUUGGAGAAUUAUCACAUAUGCCCUUUCCCAGCAUGUGGCAAAAGAUUUACAAGCGACUCCAAACUAAGAGUCCAUGUCAAGUCACAUGAAAAGACUGGAACUCCUGUUGCAGUGCAACAUACUCCACCAGUAGAAAAACCUCACAGUGCACCAAAGCCUUCGACUCCAGCAACCACAAGCUAUGCCGAUCGCCCGUAUGUCUGCCCCUAUGAAGGUUGCGACAAAGCAUACAUUCAUAGUUACAAAUUGAACCUUCAUCUAAAAACUCAGCAUCCUGAACACAGCCAAGAGGAAAAUGGUAAGCUUGGUGCUUCUGGUCAGCAUGGUGUGAAUGAAACGACGUAUCAGUAUAGCUAUGCUGAGGUUGGUGACACUGCACCAAACCCCAAAAGAAGCAAGUCACACAAGGUCCACUCGUCUAAAGUCUACAAUGCCAAGAUUUCAACCGUGAUGCCUUCCAAUAUCAGUGGUGUCAAGAAUCAGUGGUCAGGUAAAGCUACGUACGAAGAUGAUAGUGAAGAGACCGAAGAAGAUGGGGGCAACAACAUUGAAGAUGGCUGGAGGUAUGGCAACAAUGCUGAUGAUGAGGAAACUCAGGAUGAAGAUUGACCAACAGCUCGUCUUUGCCCCUUUCCUGACAUCCAGCUGAGUUUGUGGAUUCUAGGUAGAUGUGGUUGUCUGCUACAUUUUGGUUUUUGCGAAUUCUAAAUAUCAGUAAUCAAUGUAGUGGCGGGUAAUUCUAAGCUUUAACCAUAGGGUAGUAGUCGGUGUAGAUGGUGCAUGAUAUAUUGUACUCUGUUUUGUGCUCCUGGAUAUUCACUUCCCCAGGAAACCUAUGUGAAAUAGUUGGGAUAUGUUUGCCUUGACAUUAUUUUUCAUUUUAAAGAUUUUUCACUUCGGUUA